CUCUCUCUCUCUCUCUCUCUCUCUCUCUCUCUCUCUCUCUCUCUCUCUCUCUCAUAAAUACAGUAAGUGUUACGUGUAUAUUUCCACGGCCGCACUUUACUCAUCGCCAACAUACAUUAAGUAAGAACACCGGCGCAGUUUUCCACCUAAUUUCCAGCCUCUUUCUCUCCCCUCGGCGUGUAAAUGUUUGCACGCGCGUGGGUGGUGCUUGAGGCAAUAGCUUCAUCACUGGGCGGGAAGUGAGGAAUAAAACACGAGUACACACACACACACACACACACACACACACACACACACACACACACACACACACACACACACACACACACACACACACACACACACACACACACACACACACACACACACACACACACACACACACACACACACACACACACACUCUAUUUCACAUCCCUGAUUCACGCCAGCCCUCCGUCACCUAACCCUGACCUAAGAUUGGCCACAACUUACACUGCCUGCCACGGACCGCCGCAGUCUGACGCCUCGCAAAUAUGGCAGAUAAUACGAUGACACUAAUCCUGACCUCUCCCUCGUCUUCCUUCUUUGCCCUUCUCCUCGUUCUUCAAUACAUGAUCUGGACACGUUUCUACAUUUGGUUUCCUCCAUGUUUUGACUCGCCUGUUGCCGCCUGCCUGUGUCCCGCCCUCAAUACACCCAUUAUUUAUUUAGCCACGCUUUUUUUUUUCUUUUUCCUUUUUUUUUUUUUUGCUCUCACCUGCCUGCAAUCACGGCGACCCUGAAAGAAAACGAUGCGCGGUGGCUUUUUGUUGGUGUGACAUUGUGUGAAUCCGGUUUUUGUUUGCUCGUCGAAGCAUUGAUCACUACGUUUUAUUUUAUUUUUCUUAUGAGGAGUUCGCAUGACACACCCGGACUGGAAAUCGCGGUGCCACGAGACAGAAGACGUGGCAAUGCUGCGCCGACCUGAGGUGCCACUUUGUCUUUUCCCGACUCCCGAUUUGUAGCACCCGAGACACUCUCCUCCUUCAGCGACAUUCAUCACCUUUGUCUUGAGCCGUCUUACCCUCGAGGCCCUGAAUGGAGGCCAAACAAAGAAAGAACCUUUGCGAGUACAGAGCGAGACAUUACCACCAACACCACCACCACCACCUGGCAACUCAACUGUGGGAAUCAAUAUGAAAGCACGGCAGAUCCAACUCCCUCUAAAACACAUACCCAGGCCAGGCCCCUCGGAGGCUGUUGUGGCAUCGCCCGCUAAUGAUGCCACAGGAUCCUUGACGAAGAAGAGAUCGAGGUGGUGUCGUCUACCGCGGGUGACGAAGACAAAAGACAGGUUGGCGCCGUGCAGGAAAAGUGGCAACGUUGACCAGCUGGGCGAGAGGCAACCCCGAACUGGCCAACCCGUCAGUGGGCCUUAUGAUCCCGGCGUCGGGCGCACGUCACCGCCAGGCCCUAAGUUGACUAUGUCGCUGUGGUGCCGCGGAGAACAUGCCUUGAUCCCCGACACUGAGCCAAGCAAAUCCUAUGAGAUGACUCCCUCUUCUCUGUGAUCCGUUGUGAUAAUAGCCAAGGCUCGUGAACCCAAAACCAAACCUUUUAACACUCCGAGGAUCGCGCCUUGUGAUGACUCCGCCUUCACUUAGCGUUCGGAAGUGUGCUGAACUCAACUCCAGUCUAUAUCGAUAAGUGAAUGAAUGACUAAAGAACCCCCAAGGCCACUGUUCCUAGGCCAAGGGAUGAGUUGUGUCACCCGGCGACCUCCCUUCCUCUCCGGCCAGUCUCGCCUCGCCUCUGCUAGAUGCUACAUUUUAUUACAUAAUCAAUAAGGUGCGCUCUAUCUCUCACCCGGGCCAGUGACUCACGCCCUUCCCUGCUUAAUCUUGGCUACGAAAAGACUUCAACGGAGGCCUCAUUUCAAGCCCGGCGCGCCACAAAGGAUGGGCCGCGGCUCCUACUGGGCGUCAAUUCUCACCAGGUACGAGGAGACCGACCGAUUUCCACGUGCUGUUAAGGGCGACGCGGCCUGACUGUGGCGGCGGAAUCUUUACCUCGAGACUUAUUUUCGGCGUGUCAAUAGAGAGCCAAGCAGCUUCCCGAGGCCCCGUGGCUCCAGGGAUGGCAGGGGACGCUGAGGGAGGCGGCGGCGAGGCAAUGUGAGCCGUGGUGAGCCGUGACGCAGCAGUGCGGGGACGGCAGGGUGACAUGUAAGGCAGCGGCUCUCCACUGCACCAGUCCUGACGUCAGACAAGAAACACACACACACAGCAGCCAU